AUGAUUCCUCAAACACUUAUAAUGCAAUGGGAUGGCACAAAAUGUAACUGUCUUGACACAGACUUGUCCUACGCGAUGCUUGUGUCUCUCUACACUGAAACCUUUGUUCGCUUUGGUCUGACUGCAGUCAUCAGUGUCAUCAUCUUGGGCGUCUCCUGCUACAAAAUCAUCUACUGGGUGCACAACACACCACCUGAGCAGCUUUUGGACACCUGGAACGUUGUAUAUCUACCCGGUACUACAAAGGAGCAGCUACAGGCCUUUAGCCGACCGCAGGGUUGGCUGACAACAUCCCUCUGCACUGUACCACUUUCAGUAAAUUUCUUAGUAAUCAGCAUCUAUGACACAGGGUAUAAGUUCCUCUGCGCUGUGGGCUUGUGUACACUAAACCUGGACUCAUCAUUAUAUCGGAUAGACCGCCUUAUGACUGAUAUUUUACUGCUCCUUAUGCCUAUCAUAAUCACUGUCUACAUCCCGGCACUGCGAGAAUUGACUGUGCGUUUCUGGCAGGCCCUCACAUCAUUGGGCGUCAAACUACGAAAAGGAGAAUGCAUGGUGCGCGACCACGGGUAG